AUGCGGAAGCGCUUUCUGAUGGCUAUUGCCAUCAGUUUCAUUCUGCUACAGAUCCUCUUUCUUGGGAAUAUGUGCUACCUUUAUGCAACCCAAUUCCGAGACACCAGUCGAUCGCACGCCUUGAAGAUACUUUAUGUUGACUUCGAUGGCGGCAUCAUCGGUCAGUCCGUCCUAGAUGCCUACCAAGACCUACGUGGGCUUAGUUUCCCGACAGUGGAGUCGGUUUCACAAAGCGUCUACUCGUCUCCACUGGAGGUAAAAAAGGCGGUUUGUGACGGAGAUUUUUGGGGUGCGAUAUACAGCAACGCCGGCGCAUCCAACAACCUUACAGCCGCACUCACCAGCGGUGUGAGCAACGACCAACCUGCACUGACCUAUAUCUGGAACGGUGCCCGAUACCCUGCCUUCUCCCAGAGCAUCAUAUACUCAAACAUCCUAAGUUUGGUCCAAGGAUCUCGUGACGCAUACUACGCCCGCAAUGCAUCCAGUGAUCUUGGCUUCGCCACUCUAUCCAACCCGACGAGCAUGCAAGCUUUUCUGAAUCCGAUAACGGCCUCGGAGAUCAACAUUAAGCCUACGAAUCAAGGGGCAAGGGUGCUAUACAACACCGUUUCUAUGGUCAUGCCUAUAAUCCAGCAAUUCUUUUUCAUGAUGGCGCUAAACGGCAUAUGCAUGGAGUUUCAAGUGCUACGCAAAUUAAGCUGGCUCGCCAAUGGACUUCUCCGGUUGUGCAUCUCAGUUGUAUACACCUUUAUCGGUUCGUUACUCAUGGUCGGGUAUAUCUGGGCCUUUAGGGAAUCGUGGAAUGUCAACAGCAAUCAAUUUGUCCUAUGUUGGAUGAUCAUUUGGCUGUACAUGCACCUGAAUUUUCUCAUUCUGGACAUUCUUACCACGUUCAUCUCCAUGCAAUUCUUGCCAUUUUGCGUGCUCACUUGGGUUAUCGUUAAUGUUGCCAGCACAAUAAGCCCAUUUGAACUUAACCCUGGGUUUUUCCGCUGGGGUUAUGCCCUUCCAGCCCACGAAACCUACCAGGUGCUGGUUCAGAUUUGGAGCGAUGGGUGCAAUGGGCAGCUAUAUCGAGCACUUCCCAUUCUCUUCGGAGAGUGGUUGAUCGCACUCAUCAUCGUUGUAUUCUCAGUUCAGUACCGCUGUAAGGCGGCAAUGGAUGUGGAACAAGCUGGCCAGCCGGAGAAAGACACUGAUGUGCACAAUGGCAUUCCCUUGUCUGAUUACAGGCGCGUCUCCAGAGAAUCAACUGAAACUAUGCUGUCUCAACAACGUGCUGCUAGGCGCUCCGCCUUGUCAGAGAGGGCUGCUUAUGGACCGAGUUAUCCGACACCUUUGGUCCACGCAGGUCGUCGUGACUGA